AUGGCUACCACCAUAACCACAAACGGAGCACACGCAAACGGGAUCCAUUUGAACGGCGCAAAACGAGCGGGCAUAUCGACAGAUGUGGACUCCCAAUUCUCAGAGUACGAUAAGAUGAACGGCUUUUCGCCCGAAAACAUCCCGCCGUCCGAGUUCCAAGAACGAAUAGAAAGAGUCCGUGCCGCACUCGAACCGGCAAAUCUGAGCGGCCUGCUUGCUUUCGGAGAUUGUUGGCGAGGCGCCAAUAUCUGCUACUUUACCCAUUUUCGACCUCUGGAUGGUGUUUCCGACAUUGCCAACUCCCUCUUCUUUCUCCCUUCGACCGGCUCACCUGCUCUCUUUGUCUCCCAACAAUGUCUCUUGUACGCCCAAACUAUAAGCACGUUCCCCGUGUAUACUUUGAUGGACCUCGCCUCCCAUCUCCAGGCUUUCUCAGCCGGGAACAGUGGCAAGCUGGGCCUUGCGGGUGCGGCAUACAUACCCGCCGAUCUGCUAGACAGAGUGAGAGCUGCACUGGGGAGCGUUGAGCUUGUCGAGACUUCAGUUCUGGCAGAAAUCAAAGCCGUGAAAUCAGAGCGCGAAAUUGCUCUUAUUCGCAAGGCUUCCUUGCUGGCCGACGCCGCGAUGGCUGCGAUACGGGAUACUCUCGCUGAUGGGAAACCCCACACUGAGCGCGAACUCGCACUCAUUGCCGACCAAGCCAUGCUCGCCGGUGGAGCUGAGAGAACCGCCUACGACAGCAUGGUCCAAGCAGGACCCCGAUCGGCCUUCAACCUCGCUCGGCCAACGGAUCGUGUCUUGCAACCUGGUGACCUGGUCAUGACAGAUAUUGGGGCGAGAUAUCGUGGAUAUGUGGCAGAUGGGGGGCGUGGAUUUACUUACGGUCCCGCGUCAAAAGACAAGAUCGCAAUAGUGAAGGCCGCUGCGACAGCAGUUGAAGCUGGGCUGGCGGAAGGAAAGGCAGGAAUGACUUGUGCCGAGCUGAAUGCUGUCAUUCAACGAAGUAUUGUCAAGUCGGGCUAUGAGGAAUUCAGCUCCGAGGCUCGAGGACAUGGGACGGGACAUGGAACAGGGAUGGACCCAGAGGAGGAGCAGCCGUGGAUUGGUCCCGGAAACCAGACAGUGUUAAGAGAGGGAAUGGUGUUUACGUUGAAGGCAACAAUUACCGUUCCUGGAGUGGGAGGCUUGAGAACAGAAAGGAUCGUCCGAGUAUUGCCAGAGGGACAUGAGAGUGGGAAAGGGUUGGAGGCGUUGGACCAAUUCCCGAUGGAGUUGUAUUGGUAA